AUGACAAAUCUUGAUGAUGAUACACGUUGGUUACAUUCAGAUACAGAUCUUUUAUCAGGUCAUGGUGUCAAUUAUAGUGUUACUUAUCUUGGAUCUGUUGAAGUUCUUUGUUCAAUGAAAACAUUGGAUUUUGAUAAUCGUACACGAGUUGCACGAGAUUCUAUUCGUUUAGUUUGCACAGCAGUUGGUGUUGCAACAAAAGAACGACGUAAACCUGAUCAAUCAUCGUCAAUAACACAAUCUAUGAUAUCAACAGAACCAAAUUUGACACAUAGUCACACAGCUGUUCAAUUAACAAUUAAUACGGAUUCACUUGUACUUAAACGAUUAAAUGAUUCACAUAUAUUUUUUUCACAUAAAAUGGAAGGAAUUUCAUUUGCAAGCGCUGGAGAACAUGAAACAAAAGAUUAUAUAGCUUAUGUAGCAAAAGAUAAUACCAAUAAACGAUCAUGUCAUGUACUUUCAUGUAAAGAAAAUGAAUCGUUAGAUGUGAUUACAACAAUUGGACAAGCAUUUGAAUUACGAUAUAAUGAAUAUAUGCAAACACAACAAGGAUCAGUAAAAUCUUUUGAAAAUGAUGAAUUUCUUCAGCAGAAACGAGAUGAUGAUAUCAAUCGAUCUAUUCCUAGUAAUAAUCAACAACAACAACAACAAACUCAGGGUAAAUGGAAUACAAUGAAUAGUCCUGAUGUUUAUAAAGAAAAAUGGUUUCAUGGAAAAAUUGGUCGUGAUGAAGCUGAACUCUUAUUACACAAUAGUGGUGAUUUUCUUGUACGUGAAAGUGCAAAAAUUCCAGGUCAAUUCAUUCUCUCAGGCCGUCAUAAAGAUCAAUUUAAACAUUUACUUCUAGUUGAUCCAGAAGGAAUUAUUCGCACAAAAGAUUACGAAUUUGAUUCUAUUCAACAUCUUAUAUCAUAUCAUAAAUCAGGAAAUAUUCCUAUUGUAUCUGCAGAUAGUGAACUUCUUUUACAAACACCUGUUUUACGCUCAAAAUAA